GCAACUCGAACUCUCACUUCUCCCGCAGGUUGCAGUGAGGUCGGCGUGGAGGCGCUCAAGCUGGUGUCAAUCUCCGUCCCGGCCCACCAGGUGACGGGUAAGGCGGUGGAGCUGGACUGUAACUACAACCUUGAGGGGGACACACUGUACUCUGUCACAUGGUACAGAGGCAGGGAUGAGUUCUAUCGCUACACGCCCGGGGACAGAAACCCCAUUGAUAUCUUCGAGCUGCCGGGCGUGGCUGUGGAUACCUCCCUGAGCGACCAGAGGAAGGUGACGCUGCGGCCCGUCAGCCUCCUCUCCUCCGGCAAGUACCGCUGCGAGGUCUCCGCGGACGCCCCUUCCUUCCACACCGAGUCUAGGAGCGCCGAGAUGCUGGUGGUAGACCUACCGGACCGUGUGCCCACCAUCACGGGGGGGCGGCCCAAGUACCGCGUAGGGGACGAGGUACACGUCAACUGCACCUCCCUGCGCUCCCGCCCCGCCGCCUCCCUCAUGUGGUACAUCAACAAUAAGCAGGCCGCGACGGAGAACCUGGUGGAGUACACACCAGUGAACGACUCGGACGGCCUUGAAACCUCCCGCCUCGGCCUUCGCUUCGUGGUGGGCCCGAGGCACUUCCAUUCAGGGGAGCUACGUCUUAAGUGCACCGCCACUAUCGCCGCCGUAUACUGGCAGAGCUCUGAGGAGUCAGCGGAGGGGCAGCUGCAGCAGACGGGCUCAGUCCUGGAAAGUAAAGGUAUCUACGCAGGCGGGAGUAGCCACACGUGGGUGUCCAUCCUUUUGGUGUUCCUUUCCCAGGCUGCACACCUGCUCACACACCUGUGCAACUCCUCUGAAGCAAGUCUCCAUCACUAGCACAAUGACUUCGUUUAUCUGAGCUUCAGGUCAUCGCGCCGAAAUCUUUCCCAAGUGUCAGAUAGUGGUCAGCAGUGCAGGGGACACAGACAGCAGUAUGGACAGCGUUCCUCCUCAGAUUGUGCUCAACCUCCUAAUGAUGACUAGACGUAGCAGCCUCCCACUGCCGUCACAAUCACCACCUGUAAGACUUUGCAUUACUUCUCUUGGUGUCACAAGAGUGGUGAGAAUUUUUUGAUGAUAGUGUUAAGUUUUAUACAUAUUAUAGAAGUGCCAGCGCCAUUGCCCUUGUUCUAUUCUUGAUAGGCGACAACGUGGAGCUGUCUUGUCAUCAGUGUCCUCAGUCCUUAUCCCUCACUUCCAUCCUGUUUCCUCUCACCUCCUUCACUCCUCCGCCCUUCCAUCUCUCCAUCUCUUCUCUAUUUCGUCACCCGCAGCAGUGGUAAAAGCCAGUGGAAAAUGUCUAUAUUAGAUCUUCAUGUUCGGAAAAAUAUAUUGUAUGCGUAUAAGUGGUAUAAUUACGUAUAUUUAACUAUUUCUUUAUAUGUAUAUAUAUAUACGUGUCCUUCUUCCAUGUAGUCAUCAUCAGUCCUGUUUAUGCAUAUGAUAUACAUAUCGACCUAUUGUCUUUGAUACGUAUCAGUUGCUUCCGUCUCCUGUAAGAAAGCCGGUGCGCCGGUGCUUUCUUUGCCUUCCCUAAAGCGGACCUCGUGGGGAGUGUUACGGGCCAGGUCCGCCAGACACUGGUGUCAUGGAAGUGUUAUGGACCAAGCCCACCAGACACUGGUGUCAUGGGAGUGUUACGGACCAGGCCCGCUAGACACUGAUCUCGUGGGAGUGUUAUGGGCCAGGCCCGCCAGACACUGGUGUCAUGGGAGUGUUACGGGACAGGCCCACCAGACACUGGUGUCAUGGGAGUGUUACAGCCUAGGCCCUCCAGACACUGGUGUCAUGGGGUUUGUUACGGGCCAGGCCCGCCAGACACUGAUCUCGUGGGAGUGUUACGGGCCAGGCCCGCCAGACACUGAUCUCGUGGGAGUGUUAUGGGCCAGGCCCGCCAGACACUGAUCUCGUGGGAAUGUUAUGGGCCAGGCCCGCCAGACACUGGUGUCAUGGGACUGUUACGGGCCAGGCCCGUCAGACAUUGGUGUCAUGGUAGUGUUACGGCCCAGGCCCGCCAAGCACUGGUCUCGUGGAAGUGUUACGGGCAAUGUUCCAUCAGACACUGAUCAUCUUCUGCAGACUCCAUCUGGAAGAAAAAUGCAAAACACCUUGAGGUUUAAAGUCUGUAUGAGCACACGUGUGCUGAGGAUGUGGCCUUUGCCAGACAUGUCACGAAGAGUCCCCUUUCAUGGUGUCAAGGAUCCUCCACAGCAUUCGAGGUGCAACACCCAAUCGAAAGAAAACUCGUUCAACUCGUUCAUCCUUCAUGAGCCCAGGCCCGUAUAUAUUUGUGUGUAGUGGGUGUUUGAGAACUCUCUUAAAAAUAGUGAUAAUACUCACGAUCCGUCACCCCCAGGUGGAGGGCGUCAUGAAGGCUUAGUGUGCACGAGUAAACCAAAAACACCCUUCUCAGUGGCGACAUCCCAUUAAGGUGUGGCAGGCCUGACACUUAUACAUUCGUUCCCUCUACUUCCCUGCACGCAUUGACGUACGUUAUCAUACUUUUGAUGACUUGAUGCACCAUUUACCUUUCCUACUUAUCAUUAUCCCGUGUUGGCAAAUAUGCUGUUAACUCUGUCUCAGCACCAUUGUCCAAGUUCGUAGAGACUUGCUGUAUUUUAGUGAAAAUGGGAAAAUACAGCCACCACAAAAUGUUGUGCACCCUCACUGUGACUUGUUCUUGGCCGCACACCAUUCACUUCAACCAGGACUCCUCCCCUCCCCCCACUCUCUCUCUCUCUCUCUCUCUCUCUCUCUCUCUCUCUCUCUCUCUCUCUCUCUCUCUCUCUCUCUCUCUCUCUCUCUCUCUCACUGCAUAUACAAAGCCCGACCACCAAUUCCUACAUUCAUUAACCCACCAAGCCGCAUCACCAUCCCUUAAUUAAGCCUCCCUGCCUAUCCCAAAGUCCUGUUAUCCAUUCUGAGGUCCUCAAUCUUAAUCGCAAGUCCCACCGCCAAACCCUCUGCUCCGUCACCCAUCCCAGAGGUACCCCCACCCACCAUCGCAUCCCAUGAAUCAGCACCAAACCGUAGACACCAGGAGGGAGCAGACCCGCCACUCUCCCUUCUCACUGACAGAUGCACGAGAGGCUGACGGCAGCAGGACACGAGGCGAGUAGAAUGAAGUCAUCUGAGUUAGCGAGAUGGAGCCACAGCGAGUUAAGGAGUCCUCAGCUCAGCUCUAAGGGAGGCCGGCGUCCCACCUCGCCUCACCUCACUUAGUUCCAGUCCCCCUUGUGUGACUGAGUUUUCCUAGUUUGUUUUAUGUACAGUCGCCUCUUGCCGAUCUGUGCCUUCAAAUGGGGUAAGAACAAGAAAUGGAGGAUGGUGACAGAAAGUGACAUAGAGGACGAGUGAGCGUGCUUGGACUGAAAUUCUCUGUCCAGAACAAGUUACUUUUUUCAAUUUUGUUGCAUAUAUAUAUAUAUAUAUAUAUAUAUAUAUAUAUAUAUAUAUAUAUAUAUAUAUAUAUAUAUAUAUAUAUAUAUAUAUAUAUAUAUAUAUAUAUUCAUCGAUGUCAAAAUCAUUUGUUUCCUAACGAUCUAGGGAAAUAAGUUUGCAGUUGUUUCUGAUGAAGGAUAACUUUCUUCCUUUACAUGUAAAGCUAAAUAUCUCGUAAAAAAUGGUGACAAUUGUGAAGUUGUUAUAUUUUUCCGUCCAUGAAAAUUUAAGUACUUUUCAUGGGCAGUGUUGUUAAUGGGGUAAAACAAAAGAAAAUAUGUGUCAUGCUUUGAAGUCUUGGUGUAUUUCAUGGUUCUUUGUGUGCAACUGAAGAAAACAUAUUCCAGUUUCAAGUGUUUUGUAUUAAUAAACAUGCGUUUCUUCA